CAGGCAGCCAGCACCCCGCACCGCACCGCCAUGCUUGCCCUGGAGGCUACACAGUGUCCAACCAUGCCGCUGCGCCUCUCCCCAGCCAGGCUCGACCCGCCACACUUCAGCUGCCUGUACCCAGACAGCAUCUUCUAUGACUUGGAUAGUUGCAAACAUACCAGCUACCCCGAUGCAGAAGGAGUCCCUGACCCUUCGUGGGGCUGGACUGAGGCUCCACCUGCCCCUGCCACCCCCUACGAAGCCCUCGACCCAGCAGUGGCUGCCUUUGGCCACCCCCAGGCUGUCCAGCUCUGCUACGGCCCCUCCGCCUACAGCCCAGUGGGGAGCCUCGACCCCAUACCCAGCCUGGAGGCCCCUGGGCCUGGCCUCCCCACCUACCCUCCAGAGGACUUCACCAGCCAGACCCCUGGCCACCUGGCCUACGCCCCGUACCCCAGCCCUGUGCUAUCUGAGGAGGAAGAUUUGCUGCUGGUCAGCCCUGCCUUGGAGGUGUCAGACAGCGAGUCAGACGAGACCCUCAUGGCCGGCCCCGAGGGAAGAGGAUCUGAGGCAGGGGCGCGCAAGAAGGUCCGGCUGUACCAGUUCCUGCUGGGGCUGCUGACCCGUGGCGACAUGCGUGAGUGUGUGUGGUGGGUGGAGCCUGGCGCGGGCGUCUUCCAGUUCUCCUCCAAGCACAAGGAGCUGCUGGCGCGGCGCUGGGGGCAGCAGAAGGGCAACCGCAAGCGCAUGACCUACCAGAAGCUGGCGCGCGCGCUACGCAACUACGCCAAGACCGGCGAGAUCCGCAAGGUCAAGCGCAAGCUCACCUACCAGUUCGACAGCGCUCUGCUGCCUCCCCCACGCCGGGCCUGAACCCCACCGGAGUCCGGGGAGGGGUGGACCUGGGGAGGGGCCCUGGCUGGACCCCUCUGGAGACAGCUGAGCAUCUGUGGACCCCUACAUGUGGGGACCACCACCCCUGAGCCCUGCCCAGGGCCUGCUGGGAUUCACACGCAGGGUUGGGUCACAGGCUCUGUGGACCACUGUAAGGCUUCCUGGGGAUCCCCCUGGUGAUAUCUGGAAUCCCCCCAGCCCCGGCCAGGCACCCACCACAUCCCUCACCAGUACCUCCCAAUCUCAGUACCCCACAGAGGCUGCCAGGGGAGGGGGGUGAGAUCCAAAGCGGCCUGGUUAUGCCCGAGGGUCUUCGGGGAGCCUUUGGAGGCCUCAGCUCUGUCCACCUGUGACUUGUCACAUAUGCCCCCCACCUGGCCCCCCAUCAUUUGCCACCUGUGAAAUCCUCAUUCCGCUUCACCUUUCCCAAAUCUGGAAUGUUCCGGUGGCAUCCAGGGUCCCCUCUGCUCUCUGUGGGUCCUGUCUGAAAUGACCCCAUCAGGCCUGGGUGCGGUGGAUCUCUGUCUGGGCCCCUCUGGGGUCCACUUGUCCAAUUUGGGAUGCUGUUACCUCCAAGGCCCACCUCGUGCCCCCAGUAAAAACCAGUGCAAAGCCUUGAGCCUUGCACUGGCAGGACAAAGCUGGCCAUUCCAGGGGUGACCUCCUCCAUGACACGCACAGGGAGACCCCAGCUACUGAGCUGAUUUCUGGAUGCCAAUGCCCC